AGGACCCUUUCUAUUUAUUUCAACAUGGCGUUAAAUUUAUUGAUCUUAAUCAUUACUUUUUUGGGUCCCUUGGUUGCAGAAGAAGAUCCACUGAGCGAAUAUGUCCAUGUGCCGGCAAGAUUCAUAGCACCUAUUCCAGCGAACUCCAUUCUAAAAGACAACACAAGUCCGGAUCGAAUGAGUGUAAAUCUCUGUGCUGCAAAGUGUACCUUAUUGUUCCGGAGUGGACAUUUUCCAUGCUAUGCGUUUGAAUACACUCCCGGUAGUAAUAUGUGUAUUUAUACCAAUAUAACAACGUUAAUGCUAAAUGCUGGUUAUCUCAGUUUGAAACAGAACAAAGCAGUACAUUACUACGAGAGACCUAAAGGUACUUUCAAGAAUCUUUUUCAUGGACAACCUAAUACCGCACUGAAGGACCAAGGAAGCUAUUUCGACAUUAAAAGAAAUGUUACUAUAGAACAAUGUGCUCAUCUUUGUCUUCUUAGUGCUCAGACCGGAUGUCUAUCGUUUUCCUAUAGCAACCAACUGACAGCAUGCGGCCUUAGCAACAAGUACCAUAGCAACAAUGCAAAAACGUCUGCUCCCAUAAUGGCAACACCUUUGUACGAUCACUAUCAAUUUUUUACCUCCUGGCCAUGUAAUGCAAUCAUACCAAUGAACUACACUCCCACAGCUAUAGCUUCAGUUCGAUUUCCAUAUCAAGCUGUCAGAAAUAUACAGUGUUAUUUAAAGUUGGAAGCGCCACCUGGACACAAAAUUGAGAUAACUUUUUCCACAGUAUAUUUUGGAAGAGACGUUUGUACUUAUAAUGGGGAUGGCAUUACAUUGCAUGAUGGCAAAACAGUGGCAGCUCCCGUGAUUGGACGUUUCUGUGAACGAACCGGAAGUGCUUUAAAGGUCAGGAAAUCUACAGCUAACUCGCUCUUCAUCACAUACAAAACUGGAUCCGUCCCAAUGGCUUUCAAAGCCGUGUACCAGUUUGUGAACCCAUGUGAAAAUCACAAAUGUCAGAAUGGUGCAGUAUGCAAUGUGACAAACAGGUCAUAUGUAUGUAAUUGUCCAAAUGGUUGGUCUGGAAGAUUCUGCGAGGCAAACAUUGACGACUGUGUAAAUGAACCUUGUCUGUUUGGAGGAACAUGCGUCGACGAAUUAAAUGGCUACCAUUGUCAGUGUUCAAAAGAAUUUUUGGGAAAUAGAUGUGAAAAGUUCCUUGGGAAGUGUGCAGAAAAUCCAUGUGUACAUGGUAUUUGUCAUGUGACAUCUCGCUAUAAUUACACGUGCAAAUGCGAGAAAGAUUACAUUGGAAAAAAUUGUGAUCAUAAACAACAAUUUUGUAAUCCUAAUCCAUGUGUCCAUGGAUCUUGUUUGGAAACUUUCGGGUAUUAUUUGUGCCAAUGUGAAAACGGUUUCACAGGUCAAAAUUGUAACAUUCCCGAAGACCCAUGCAAACAUCGUCCAUGUGCAAAUGGCGUUUGCUCUUCAUUUAACGCAACCUAUCACUGCGUAUGCUCAAAGGGAUUUACCGGAAGGAAUUGCGAUAUUAUUGAUAACUGUGCCGAGGUGAAUUGUCUACAUGGUAAAUGUAAUAAUCUGAAUAACACGCACACAUGUGAAUGCGAAAAUGGAUUCACCGGAAGUAGUUGUGAUGUCAUGGUAGACCACUGUGAAAAUGUCAACUGUUUUCAUGGAAAAUGCAUCAACACUAACAAUACAUACAAAUGUGAAUGCAAGGAAGGAUGGACAGGUUCAACCUGUGAAACUGACAUUGCUGUUAAUCCCUGUGAUAAAGCGCAGUGUGGAAUUGGCCUCUGUGAAGCUCUUCAUGGUAGCAGAAUGGCGUAUCGUUGUCUGUGUCCAAAUGGUUAUCGUGGAACAAACUGUCAGUCACGUGUUGUUACUAAUGUAGACAAGUUCCAUACUAAAACUGGACUUUGUGAACACGUGCAAUGCUUUAAUGGUGGCAAAUGUAAAGAUUUAAAUGGACAGGCCACGUGUAGCUGUAAGGCUCCCUUUGUCGGAACAUUCUGUGAACGGAAAUCAAAAGAUUGUAGCUUUCUUCCGUGUCUCGCUAAUGCAACAUGUGUGGAUACAAGAUCGGGACAUAUGUGUAUUUGCCCAACUGGAAUGGUCGGUCAAGCUUGUGACAGAAUAAUGUCCCCUUGCAUAAGUAACCCGUGUAAAACUGGUAUCUGUAGAGAAUUCAACAACACAUACGGAUAUAGAUGUGUUUUGUACACAAUGACAGGGCAUAAUAAUGUUACAAUUACUUCAAGUAUUAUACCACCUAACAAUAGUAAGUAUGAUAUUUAUGAUACGUAUAUGUAAUAAUUGUGUAAAUGACAAAUGACAGAUGUCAAUUUCAUAAACACCUUGAUAGAAAUGUGUCAUUAAUGAGGGUUUGAAGGGGUUCCUUCAAUUCUGUAUUCUUUCAUUUUUUAAGCCAUUUAUCUCUUUUCUUUAUAAAUGUUGCAUAUUAAUCUCCAGUCUUUUUAUUUUAGCACCCCAUUAUUCUCUAUUCUUUAAUUUUUUUUAUUUUUUUCUCUAAUCUUUUUCUUUUUUUUUUUGCCUCAUUUUUCUUUAGUACUGUCCUAUUAUUCUCUAUGCUGUAAACCCCAUGCUGACCCUCAUUGAUAUUUUGCCUGUGGAUAAAUGAUCGAUUAAUUUAUGAAACUUUUUUUAUUGAUAUAUUUGAACUUUUUUCCGGUGAUUUGUAUAAUUCUCUUUCAAUCAAUAAAUUUUUAAUUAAGCAUAAUUUCACUCAGUAAUUUGAUUAAGACGUAUUUUUUCUUCUAAUUUUUACGAUAAUUUAUUUGUUUUUAUACUGUUUAUUUGUUAUGUCAAUUGCAUUCAUUUUCAUUAUCAUAAUUCAUCAAUCAUCGAUUUCAUUCAUAUUGUCAUUUUAAACAUUUCAUUGACAAAUUAUUCGCGCGCGAUUUUUAAAAAGGUAAGUGCAACUUUUAUUAAUUUUUCAAAUGUUUUAUAAAUAACAAUUAUUAAUAUUUAUUUAUUGAACACUUAAGUAUUGUUUGAACAUAACUGUUCAAUUGAUAUUAUGUUUUUCGUAUGAAAAUUUUGCAUAAUAAAACAUACAUUAAAUAUGAGCAUACAUGUACAUUCAUAUAGGAAUACUUAGACGCGAAUACACACACAUACGCGUUAUUGCUCUUUUUUGUUUUGUUUUGUUUUAUCUUUUUAUGUUGUAAAGAUACUUUUAUUAGUAUGUUUUAUUUAUGCCUGUGUUAUCGGUUGGUUGAUUUCAUAGACUCCGCUGUUUAACUGAAAAACCCAAAUGUAAGUAUUAAACGAUGUAAAAUAAGUUAUUGCUUAAACUAAUUCGGAUAUGAAUUUCAGUAUCCGUCACAGUGAAGCUACUUCUUAAAAGAAUUAAGAAAAUAAAAAAACAAAAACAAAAAAUGGAAUAAAACAAAUCAAAACACAACAGGUUUAGCAAAUGUGUAUCAACAUUACAUACAAGUACAAAAUUAUACAUGUAGAAUAUUACCAGGAAAACAUUUUCUGAUGAAAAAACGAAAAGCGGUCCAAAAACUUUCCGAUUAUUACAGUGGAAUGCUUUAUUAAAGAAGAUCAACGUAUUCGUAACUUAUUUUGGUUUUUCUAUUGACACGAUGAUGUAAAAAAAACGGACUAUUUGCUGACCUACUAGAAUACCAAAGGAAUGGUGGGUCGAGCUUCAUUUAGAUAAAAAUAUUAUGAAAAUUUCAAGAUGCGAAAAAGCAUAACGUCAAUCCCUAGACACUGCAGUGCAAUGUUUUCAAACUAAGAAGAGCAAAAUAAAAGAUAACCCAGGCGUGUUUUUUUUUCUCUCUCUCUAGUAUAUGACACAUAAUACAACACUACAAGUAAACGUGUUCGAAGAAGCGAGGAUGAAAUAAAUGUGUUUUUAAUUUU